GAUCUCCGUGGAGCGUAAAAACAGUUCUUACCACUGGACUACGGCAAGAAAUUGUAGUAGACUCAAACUUUAUAUCUGUGCUGUAUCUGACCGCUAACUUCUUAGAACAGUUCCACCUCAGCUUCAGUUCCAACGCAGCUGCCAUCAGGGAUUUGCUUCUCCGAGCGAUAUCUUAUUUCAACACGCGGGUUUUGAGGCACACAAUAUAUCAGCCGUAGUUUUGACAGAGUGCGACCGGCAAGCUUCUCUCGGCCAUUCGAGAGUUGAAUGGCUUUUGACCAGAGCAUUUCCUGGUUUCAACGAAAGCUUGGAAAAUAUGAUAAAGCUUCAUGGGAAAGAACAUUUGAAGAGCAAGAACAAGAGACGGGUACCUUUAUCCAUGUUCUUAAGAAGCCUGGUGGUUUAAAACCCGAACUCAUAGAUGUUGAUCUGGUCAUUGGUUCGACCUUUCCCAAGACAAAGCCAGUCCAUAGUUGGUUUGCUGUCGCACAGAAAGGAGCUGUAAGAGUUCUCCUGUUUCCAUUUUUCCGAUCAUGGUGGAUGCAACAGUUAUCCCCCAAGCUAUGGUGUCUGUUUUUUUUCCUUUAUUUAUGUGAAGUUCUGGUGCUGUUUGUUUAUCUAAGAAAAUGGGAAUCACACUGGAAGGUUGUCACUUGGUCAGAAGCAUGUGGACCAGCUCUGAUCAUGGUUCUGCUGGGUGUGCUCUACACGUACAUGGUGUCAACAGACUACUCAAGCUCAUCUCAAAGAAGGAAAGCUAAAAGUAUCAGUAGGAGACGAAGAGUUGCCAGACAGAAGAGAAAGGGUAGUGCACAAGAAAAUGAUGAUGGCCUUGUUACAAAUGGAAUAAGACAGAGGAAAUCAACAAACUUGUCAGCUGACGUAGCUGUCAAGGAUAACAUAGAAACUGUCGAUAAUGGAAAUCAUUACAACUCCAAAGACAAUGACAAUGACAAAACAGAAGAAGAGCUCAGUGAGAGCAGUGAGACCACGUCCUCAACAACAGAAAGUGAUGUGUCCGAUGUAGAGAUGGACAGCUAUAGCGAGGAUCCUUUUGCUUGGGAUAAACAGGGUAAUGGAUCUCCAGGAAUGCAAACCAGCCCAACCCCUCCUCCCACUGCAGAGAAAGUUAUGGUUUCUAUUUGGGAAGGAAAUCAGUGCAAAAAAGCUCAGUUGACACUCAUGGAGAUUAGUGCUGCCAUUGCAAAUAAAGUGGACUCUCAUAAAAGCCACACGGGAUAUGUGCAGUUUUCUGUUGUUGUCUCUGUGACUCUGGCAUUUAUUCCUCUACUUUUUCGUCUCUAUAACACAACAGGAAAUAUAGGAGAUCUUUUGUUAAGCAAUAGUGAAGAUCUCUUGUGUAAAAUGUUCGGAUAUUCAUUAUGGUCACGUGUCAUUGUUGUUAUUAGCAUGCAGGAGAGGUUCUUUCUGAGUUUCUCGUUUUUCUUCCUGCUGUGUGUGGCAGAAAAAUCCUAUAGAGAGCGAUGUCUGUACGCAAAGUUAUUUGGUUGGCUCACGUCGUCGCGAAAGUCUCGCCGAGCAGGGCUCCCUCACUUUCGUCUCCACAAAGUACGGAAUAUAAAGACCUGGUUGUCGCUCAGAUCUCUGUUAAAGAGACGAGGACCUCAGAGAUCAGUAGACAUGAUUGUAUCGUCCUCUUUUAUACUUGGCAUGGUUCUAGUGAUCCUCAUGUGUGUUCAGCUUAUCAAGGGAAAUGAAAAAGAGAGAUUCCUGUCCAUAUUAUUUAACUGGGAAGUGUCAAUAUGGUGCCUUGUGUUGUCGGUCUAUGUACUGCGGUUCAUGACGCUAGGAUCCAAGAUCAACAGUAAAUUCACGAACACUUCAGGAUUACUAACAGAGCAAAUCAAUCUUUACCUUCAAAUGGAAAAAGCCCCUCAUAAAAAAGACGACCUGACAAUAGCUAACCACGUGCUUCAGCUGGCCUCGAAACUACUCAAGGAAAUUGAGAGCCCAUUCAAGAUGUCAGGUUUAUCCAUGAACCCGUUACUUUAUAACAUCACCAGGGUUGUCGUGCUCUCCCUGUUCUCUGGAGUGAUGUCGGAUCUUCUAGGCUUUAGACUAAAGGUUUGGAAAAUCAAGACGUAGCAUCAAAUGGACAAAAAAAAAAAAAAAGAGGCAAAUUAUUUAUAUUUAACUUAACACGCGUUUUAUUUUUCUGUCAAAUGAAGUUGUAUACAUUUUAUUAUAACCACACGAAGUGGUGAUCAUAUAAAAAGGGCUUGUAAGGCCCAAUAUUGACAAAAGAGGUGGUCAGGUGAAUCCUAUGCGACAGUAAUGAAAGGUUAUCGCGUAGCGAUUGAUUUUUCGAUUUUUGAUUACUCAUUUACCGAAAAAAAAAAACCCAUCGUUGCGUUUUGCUCUCAAUGGGGUGCAAGCUCGUAAUUUUGCACAAGUUCCUUUGAUUUUGCACUAAAUGCUGUAACCCUUGAUCACGCAAAUGAGUGUAUUAAGUAAUGGGAGAGGCAGUGGCUUGCUGGCAGACUGCAAAGCGAGAGGUUUGGGUUCGAGUCGUGACCAGUACUUUGGGUUGUGUUUGGUGCAAGAUGCUUACCUGUUACCGAGUUUCUCCUCCACCCGCUGACACAAGUGAAUGCCAGCAAGAUGUCAAGGAAACGUGUCAAGUGCUGUGCGCGUGCGUGGCUUGAAAUGAACAGCGUCCUUUCCAAAAGGAGAGGCAAUACUUAAAUUGGCCACCAAAGUCAACCGAAGCAAAUUAGCGAUCGGGUUCUUAAACUGCAAACAUUUUAGCUUCUCAUAAUAUUUUCGAUAUUGUCGCUUACUAUUUCACGCUUCUUUUAGUCAUUUGUAGCCCGAAGAUACUGUAUAUAUUAGUGCUUACUCUGCUGUAUAUGGUUCGGAAUUGCUAAUGACUGUAUACAUGUCUGUCCUCCUGUUGAUCAAACUACUUCUUAAAACUGACGUUAGUUGAACGGUGGUUCACGUCAGGAAAACAUUUUAGAUUAACGCUUUACACCCUUAUAUUUGUAUUCAAAUUCUCCACACUGUUUUUGUGACAUUUUCUAUGGGACAGACAGGGAGAAUUUGUUUGACAAUCAGGAGUUUCCUUAACUGGUGAUCUUUUCCUCUCUUCUCAGGACCUUGAUAUUUGUUUUCAAGGGUGAUAUUGUCAGGAGAAAUAGUCCUUUUUACAGUUGUGGGCUUGGUGGCCAAGCUUUUGGACAGGAGUGAGGCUAAGGUUGACCUUGUAAUGAUAGAGAUGCUGCUGCUUUUCAAAUGCAAAUUUCUUUGUUAUCAUGCUAACUAGGUACAGGUCUCUAUCACAACAGGGUUACCCUUAGCUUCACUCCUGUUCAAAGGCUUGGCCACCAAGCCCACAACUAUAAAAUGGACCAUUAGAAGUUAGUUAUAUUCUUUAGAGUUUGAGGGUUAGCAAACUGGUGAAGAAAAGAACCAACAAUAUAAAAUAAGGAUUGUAUUGAUACUUUAUUUUUAACACUGAAUUUUUUUUUAAAAGUAUUGUGGAUCUCUUGUAAAGUUUUUGUCGAAUUCUUAGUUAUUCAAUUUGAUUAAACUCAAGAUGAAAUGCUUA